UGUGGCUCUCCUCGCCAUCCCUCUUUCUCUCACCCUCUGCCACCCACUCCUACGCCUUACACCCGACUCACUCACUCCCUUCCCCUUGGCCUUUCCCCCCUCCAAGUUGUGGACAAUUUGCCAUCCCUUUGACCGCCCCGGCUCCAACGGCCCGGUUCUUUUACCAAGAUAGCCCCACCUUAGCUUUGUCGAUUUUCCUAAAUCCCCAUCACCCGUUGUGGUUCUGCUGGACCUUUUUUUGCCGUGCUUCUUGUAGAUGAAUCGAUCUCUUUUCCUUGGUCUACAUGACGCCCAGCUCCCCAGAUGAAGCUCUUCACUUCCGCGGCAAGACCCUGACUCCCGAGAGUCCUCGUCCGCUACACGUCGCGGAACCGGCCAGGAUUCCGGUGCUGCAGAAUCAAAUGGACCCCGUUUUCAACGACACGUCGACUUAUGAAAAGUCCGAGCCUUUCUUUGAGAAUCAUAGUUUUCCGGCGCAUCCCAAUGACUCGACCUCCUUUCGUGGCCCAUAUGCAGGACCCGGGGAAGUGAGGGGAACCACUGGCGCCGUGCAGGUUCCGGAGCAACCACCACCGCGCCAACCACCACCAGCACAACAUACUCAAGGUAGCUUCCACUCGGGUUCUUCGCAGGUGGAGGAUGGAUCGAUGAAUGGAUUUGCCAACGCACUGUCUGCUACAGCUACCACUGCCCAGGCGUCCUUUGGAUCUGACCAGCCCGCGCCUUCCAUGGCCACCGGCCCCUCCUCCGCGGUCCAGGACGCGCCAGCAAACUCUUCUCUAACCACUCUGCCUUCAUCAGAUCCUGUCUCCCUUCUAGCUCCUCCUCCUCUUCCCGAUGUCCAUCCCACUUCCUCCCAUGCCGCUCAGAACACCCCCAGUGCGAGCGAGGUAGACCACGCAGUCGCCAGCUGGACGACCCCGUCCGCGCCGUCGAAUCGCCUAGACUCCCAGAGCAAAUCUGAUGAUAACACUGGUGAGGAUGGUGUCGACUUCCAGAACCUCCUCGAUAAUCUGCCCCCUUCGUCCACCGCACCCUCUGCCCCCGCGGUCUCGGAGACGGCGCCUUUGUCCACGGACGUUUCUGCCAAUCCCCCAGCAGGAACGGACGAGGAUGCGCUCCAGUCUGCCCUGGGACUUCCCCCUCGCCCCCCUCCCCAGGCAAAGCCUUCCAUCCACCCCAACUACAAUGCCAGUGAUGACAUCCGGUCAUACCACCAGCUCCCCCCUAACACGUCCACCACCCAACCCUCUCCCCCCGCCUCCUAUUCCGCCCAGCAAAGUAAUUACCAGUCCGGUCUGGGGCUCCCAUCAUUGGCUGCGGCUGGCGCUCCGGGAACCUCCUCGGGUGCCAGCGCUUUGCCCCCUCCCCCUGUUCCGAGUUUCCAGCAGUCUUCACCGACUGCGACGGAAUCUUCAGACCCGCCAGUACCCGCGAAUAACAAGAAUGGUCGCAAUGAACGACCGGCAGCCCGGCAGCCCAAGAGUGCCGAUGAAGAUACUCCUUGGGGUCCGGAUGUCCAGAAGAAGUACGAUGAGUUUCUCCAUGAUGAGAGAAUCUACGUAACCGAAGGCCUGUGGGAUCGUUUCCCGCCGGGGUCCAGAUUGUUUGUUGGCAAUCUGCCCACCGAACGAGUGACGAAGCGAGAUUUGUUCCACAUCUUCCACAAAUUCGGGAAAUUGGCCCAGAUAUCUAUCAAACAAGCCUACGGGUUUAUUCAGUUCCUCGAUUCGUCCGCCUGUAAACAGGCACUCGAUGCUGAGCAAGGAGCCGUCGUUCGAGGACGGAAAGUCCACCUUGAAAUCUCGAAGCCACAGAGGAGUACCAGACCCGGGGCCGCCCCGGCGGAACCUUCUCGUGCCCCUCCACCGAGACGUUCGAGGUCUCCAGAAUUCAGUAGAAGUGGGCCUUCGGGCGGCCGCAACACAAGAGCUCCGGCGGAUCGUUAUGAUCGAUCAUACGAAUCGGGCCGCGUGCCAUUCAGCGACUUUAGGGAUGAGCCGGGCCACCGUCGACGUGACGACUAUCGACCACCCCCGCCUCCUCGCUCUCCGUCUCCUCGUGCCUUCCGCGGGAGGGAUGGGUAUCGGUCUCGGGAUAGGACUCCGGAGCGGUAUGAUCGACGUGAUCGACGACGUUCUCGGUCGCCCUAUACGAGGGAUCGGAGGUAUCGCAGUCCAAGCCCGCGGGGCCGUGGGGCAUAUGAAGGCGACGUGGAACUUCCUGUCCCUCGACGAGCUCCGAGAGAUGUCCCCGAAGUGCAGAUUCUUGUCCUCGAGGAAGUGGAUCGCAAUUUCAUUUUCCACGUGGAGAAUGCUUUCCGCAACCGGGGUCUCCGGGUUGAUGUGCUGGUCCUUGGACCUCGGAUUCCCUUGAACGCUGCUGUUCAGCGACAGGUCCAGGAAGGCGUCCUGGCCGUGGUGAGACUGUCACGGCCGAGCCAGUUCUCGCGGAAGAUCCCGUUACAACUGUUCGAUCGAAGCGGGGGCCCAGACAACUUUCGCUCAAACGAAUAUCCCGAUGUCGAACCCAGUAUCGCCGCCGAGAUCGUGUUUCAUGCCCAAUCGAUGCAGCGUGGCGCACCGCCUGCGCCUUUCACUCCCAGCCCGGCGACGUUUGGGGUGCCGCCGCUGCCCGUCCCCGCCGCGUCGGUGCCUCCGGUGCCUCAGGCGCCUUUGCCCAUCGCCAACCAGCCCAACAUUGCCAACCUGAUUACUUCUCUCGACGGGCCCACACUGCAAUCCUUGUUGGGCGUUCUCCAGCAACGACCGCCGGCUGUACCAACCGCGCCGCAGCCAUUCCCUGCUACUAGCACCCCGCAUGGUGCCGCAGAUCUCGCGAGCUUGCUGAAUGCUGCCACUCGCCAGCCAGUUGCUGCGAACCCGCAACAGGCACUGCCUCCGCAGCCCUUCCCUCUCCAAACGCCCAAUGCACCGGUGGUCUCCGACCCCAACUUGAUAUCAUUGCUUGCCAAGGGCUUGGGGGGGCAACAGCCUCAGAACCAGGCUGCCGUAGGCCCCCAGGUGCAAAACAUCAUGAACCAGCUAGGCAAAUGGAAGCAAUGAUUGACGACAUUCUUUGUCUCUCUUGUGUUUUUUCUUCUCCUUCUCUUCUCUGACUUCACCGUCGUUGGCGACAUCUCGAGGAGUCGGGCGUUGACUGAUUGAUCGAUUUGAGAAUCGGAUAUGGAACGUUACCGUCGGUAAGGGUUGUGACGGCUCGGUUGUUGGGUUGAUUUCUUUUGCGUCGGUUGAAUCAGCGAGUACACGUUAUCGGAGUGCAAUGGUCAGUUGGGUUUGAGGUACAGGGUUAGACAUCUGGCCGCGAUGUCGGGAUUUGUUGCGGAGCUAUUGUAUCUACAUUC